ACUCUUCAUACCAUUUCCCCCAUUCUAAAUUUUCUGCAAAUUGUCAUCUCCAAGCCCGGAGUUGACGGAAACUAGAAAUCAUGAUGAAGAAUUCACAACAAAUCGCAACAAAGGAAGAGGAAGAUUGCCUACGAGCCAUUCAAUAUGCUACUUCAACGGUUCUUCCUUUUGCUUUGAAGACCGCCGUGGAUCUUGAUUUAUUUGAGAUCAUAGCGGAAUCAGGCCCGGACUCCAAGGUUUCGGCAUCUGAGAUUGUGUCGAAACUUCCGGCGAAUAACCCAAAUGCUGCCGAUAUCGUCGAUCGUAUCCUUCGGUUUCUUACGACUCAUUCCGUCUUGGAUUGCGAUCUCGUUACCGAUAGAGACGGGAUUACGACGAGAUUGUACGGUGUUUCUUCGAUCGGGAGAUACUUUCUUCGACGUGAAGAUGGAAUCUCUGUAGUUCCAAUGCUGAACCUGACUAUGGAUAGACGGUUAAUCGAGUGUUGGAACUUCUUGAAGGAAGCAACGCUGGAAGGUGGGUUGUCGUUUGAGAGGGCAUUUGGGGAAGACAUGUUUGAGGUGGUUUCAAAAGAUGAGCAAUUAGCCAAUACUUUCAACCAAUCCAUGUCAAACCACACUGCCAUCGUCAUGCAAAAAGUCCUACAGCUUUACAAAGGAUUCGAAGGCUUAACUCAGGUGAUCGAUGUGGGAGGCGGUUUGGGAACGAAUCUUAAGCUCAUUGUUUCCAAGUACCCACAAAUCAAGGGCAUUAACUUUGAUUUACCCCUGGUUAUUAAAAAUGCUCCCAAUAUCCCAGGCGUGAAGCAUGUAGGAGGAGAUAUGUUCAGCAAAAUUCCUAAUGGAGAAGUCAUUUUUAUAAAGUGGGUACUUCACGAUUGGGGAGACGAUGAAUGCCUGAAAUUGCUGAGAAAUUGUUGCGAAGCAAUACCAGAAUGUGGAAAAGUAAUAGUGAUAGAGUCAAUAAUGCCGGAGCUGCCGUCCACUGACGUAGUGACAACCACAACAAUCCAAUUCGAUGUGGGAUUGCUUCACCUGCUCCCCGGUGCAAAGGAAAGGACUUUCAAACAAUUGCACACAUUGGCCAUUCAAGCUGGUUUCUCUGCUCUCAAACCUAUCUGUCGUGUUUAUAAUUAUUGGGUCAUGGAAUUAUUAAAAAAUAUCCGCAAUUCGCCACAUUAGUCGCUACGCUAAUCAC